AGAAAUCAAAAACAAUUGCAACACUCAGCAGAAAAGCACGUCCAUUGUUCAGGAAGCAGCGAAAAAAAAGUGCGUCCUCCAUCAGGGAACGAGAAAAAGCCCGCGCAAACCUCCCAAAAUGACCAGCUCCGCCGCCAUCAAACGAGAAUAUUACCAAACGGACACGGCGGUGACCGUGACGGUGCUGUUGAAGAAUGCCACCGAAAAGAACUACGCCGUCGCGUUCGCCCCGGACAAGGUCGAACUGACCGCCGACGGAAUCGAGCCCAUUGUUCUGAACCUGUGGGCCGCCAUCAACGUGGAACGCAGCACGCACAAAGCCUACCCCAGCAAGGUCGAAAUCAAGCUCGCCAAGCUGGAGGGACACCGCUGGGAGGACCUGGAGAAGAAGGUCACGGAAGUGGCCAAACCGCCGCCAAAGAAGACGCACCACGACUGGGACAAGAUCUCGAAGGACAUUGAGAAGGCCGAGGCGGAGGAGAAGCCAGAGGGGGAAGCGGCCGUGCAGGAUCUGUUCCGGAAGAUUUACGCCGAUGCCAACGAGGACACGAAGAAGGCCAUGAUGAAGUCCUUCUACGAGUCGGGCGGUACCGUGCUGAGCACCAACUGGCAGGAGGUUGGUGCCAAGCCCGUCGAGGUCAAGCCGCCAGAUGGUUGCGAGUUCAAGAAGUGGGACUAAGCCAACUUCCGGUUUCGAAUAACCACAUACACAGAGAGAAAGAGAGACAGCAUUACUUCCUUCACGACGCGCCAUUGCCUUUACACGGACACAAAAUCAUUCACUCAUUAACGACAUGUUUCAAACAAAGAUUAAAUCGCGCACUUGCUUGAAAUAAAUUUAAAUGCGUUCUAAGUCACUUUA